GGAAAAGAGAGACGUCACGGCACCUGCACAAAACGCGGAGUUUUGUACAAACGGAUAUCUUUCUUUGUGGAGAGAAACAAGCCUUGAAUAUCCAACCAUGGAUUCCUCGAGAUCGAGCUCUUUGACGGUAGGUGAGCGGCUCUGUGCGGCGUUUAUACCGUUUCUAGGGAUAUUCGAGGUUUUGGUAUUGGCUAUGGCGGAUUGCUUCGAGUGCAGGCCGAGCCCCAAGAAACGAGAGUCCGGCUUUGAAGAUGUAUCUCGCCUCGCCAAUGAAACCAUAUUUACGCCGAAUGAAGUAGAGGCGUUGUUCGAGUUGUAUAAGAAGUUGAGUAAUUCAAUUAUUGACGAUGGGUUGAUUCACAAGGAAGAGCUUCAAUUUGCACUGUUCAAAACUCCAUCUGGCGAGAGUCUUUUUGUAGACCGGGUUUUUGAUCUUUUUGACGAAAAGAAAAAUGGCGUUAUUGAAUUUGAGGAAUUUGUCCAUGCACUCAAUGUCUUCCAUCCCUAUGCUCCCAUCGAUGAAAAAAUCGAUUUUGCAUUUAGGCUGUAUGAUCUAAGACAAACUGGGUUUAUCGAGCGAGAAGAGGUUAGGCAAAUGGUAAUUGCCAUUUUGAUGGAAUCUGAGAUGACACUUUCAGAUGAUCUUCUUGAGGCAAUCAUUGACAAGACAUUUGCAGAUGCUGAUAGCGACAAGGAUGAUAGAAUCAGUAGAGAAGAGUGGAAGGAUUUUGUGAUUCGACACCCGAGCCUCUUGAGAAACAUGACUCUUCCUUAUUUGAAGGAUGUGACAACAGUAUUUCCCAGUUUUGUUUUCAACACAAAAUUGGAAGACUCAGAAUGAAGUGCCUUCUACCAAGGGAAAAGGGUGUUCUUAGCUUAAGUUACAUAUUUAGUGGUUUUCAUAGUAAUAAAGAUGACUCAUUAUUUCUUUUUCUCAAAAGCCCUUAUGACUUCUGCAAAUCUAAAUUGUGACCCAUGAUAGAUGAUUCAUCAUUGCUAAAACAGGCGAAGGCAGUCACUGCAAGAAAGGCCAGGAUGGUGGUACCAGGAGAUCCAUGAUUACACCCCACCAACUAGCCAUGUAGCCCCAUUUUUAUGAUCUAUUGUAAAGCCUGUAUUGUCAAGUGAGCAGAGAACUAUACUGCCAUUGUCUCAAAAGUUCUCCUUUGAUUACCAUGUGUAUGUUGUUUUUCCUGGUGAUCAAAUUGUUGCUCAUUCUGUAUAUAGUUUUCUGAAUGUAAAAAGAAUAAUUGCCAGCUUGAAGAAAA